AUGGAGGGAUGUUACAAUGAUGAUGAGCCGUUCAUAUACCGACUUAAUGAUAAUGGAUCAGGACCCAGCCUACUUGUCAAGAUUUGUGCAGAACGUGGAUGGCGCAUGUACCAGGGGUACAGCGGAAAUGAGGAUAGAUGGAACCUGUGGUGGCGGACAAGUGCCUUCCCAUCUGCGUGUUACAAGACUCUGGGUGACUGGCAGUUCAUGAACCAUAUACCUAAAGGUGGAUCGAUAUGUCGGAAGGAUGGGCUAUCCAGGCUGCUUCGUUGUAUGCGUAGAAUUUAUGGAUCUAUAUACGAUUUCAGUCCACCGUGUUACCACUUGCCAUUAGAGUAUGCUAAAUUAGUAUCGGAGUUUUCCCGACUGCGGCGGAGCGAGGAUGAGACAGCUUCAAACGUUGUUUGGAUUCACAAACCAGUUGCACAGAGUCAGGGCAGAGGGAUUUUUCUGUUUCGUAGUAUAUGUGAGAUGCGUUGUGGUAGUUCGGCUGUGGUGCAGCGGUAUAUCGAGCGGCCGUUGCUGAUAGCUGGCUAUAAGUUUGACCUACGGCUAUACGUGUGCGUACCUGGAUACCGGCCUCUGACAGCGUACAUGUAUGCCGAGGGAUUAGCUAGAUUUGGGACUGAUAAGUAUACACUGACGGAUAUUCAUAAUCCAUACAGACACCUCACUAAUUCAUCUUUAAAUAAAUCAGGACCAAGAUAUGCAGAAUGCAAGGACAGAAUAGGUAGUGGUUGUAAGUGGACACUGAAACAAGUUAGAAGGGCGUUAAUAGGACGUUGGGGUGCAGCCGAAUGGUUGGUGUGGCAAAGAAUCAGAGCUUUGGUGACGUUGACUCUGUUAGCUCAGGCAGCCGGCACUCCCCCAGCUAGGAAUUGCUUCGAAUUCUAUGGAUUUGAUGUACUUCUUGACGAUUCUUUGAAGCCCUGGCUAAUAGAGGUGAAUUUGUCCCCGGCGCUGGGUGCAGACUGCGAAGCAGACGUGACUGUAAAGCAGCCAAUGCUUCAUGAACUGUUCGACCUACUAGGACUGCCGAUGAAGCACACCGGUCUUUCGUUACUACAGGGACAAAAUCAUGUAAACAUUCAUAGUUAUUGUUCGGAGGAUGAGGGCGGUAUAUCUCGGCCGGCGACAGCUUCAAGUGCAACCGUAAGACGCGGUACCAGAUGGCGACGUCGUCGGCCUAUGCCGAUACAUUGUGUCACCCUACCACCCAGCACAGUCGGAUGUGACAGUGAAAAAGCUACUGAUACUAGUGAAACAACCAAGGAACUAAACAUUGGACAAUUAUCUAUGUCCUCACCUGAAAGUUCGGACAAUUCAGAUGUUCAGUCUACGCCAAGUGUAGCCAUCACAUCAUCAGAUUCAGUGGACGAGUCGUGGAAAGGUGGUUAUGCGACAGCGGCAAGUCGCAGACGAAUGCUAAGCGCCUGCUCUUGGGGUAACGGGGUGCAGUGGCACCGCGCGACGGGUCGAAUGGGUCAGUGGGUGCGGAUAUAUCCUCACACAGUGUCUGGUGACGACCAAUUACCAAUGGAAGAUGCACGCGAGAGUGUUGCCCAAGUGUCAAAGUUCCUCCGUGCGGCCCGGGAGGUGGUACGGGAAGGUGCACGUGAUACACGAGGUCCACGUGAUGCAGCCCGUGAUGCUGCUUUCGAGGUUGCCUUGCGCAAGAAAUUGGAAUAUAGAAAUAAUUUUGAAGUGUGGCUUCCACCUUUUUAA